GGUCCCUCCCGUCUUGCUCCAGCCCUGAGGCGGGUGCCCAGGGGAUGGGCAGCACCCUGCCGGCUGUGGCGGAGGAACUUCUGAGGGAGAUCAAAAGGGUUUUUCAGGAGACGGCGCACGUCCCUGAUGACCUACUGCUGGGUGUAAUUGUCAGGUCAGCUUUAUAACCCUUGCAUUGACUGAAGCUCGUGAAUAUGUCAGCAAAACAUAAGAAACCUCCUAAGAGAUCCAGGUUCUUCAGCUUCUGCAGUCCUCACUGAUUGAUGAUGAAGCCAGGAGAGGCGAUUACCAGGAACCCUUCAGGCCUUGAUGGCUUUGUGUCUAAAGUUACCUAAUGCAACACUUGUGAAAGGCAUGCUUGCUGACUCCUUCUUCUGGACCACAAUGGCCUUUGAAGGGCUGAAGUUCGUAUUUGGCCCAUCUGCUGUCCCAGCCUUGGAUUUGGUGGAUCACCGUUCUGUCACCCGAGUCGUGUCCCCCAGUGGAAGGACAGCAUACCAGGUUCUUGGGACCUCGGGUAAACUCUACACCUGCUACAGCUCCUGCCACUUCUGUACAUGUCCUGCUUUUGGUUUUACUGUAUUGCAGAAGAGCGAGAGCCUUCUGUGCAAACAUAUACUUGCUGUCUACCUCAGCCAGGCCAUGGGAUCCUGUCAGGAGCUAACAGUCUCUGAGGAGCAGCUCACAAACAUCUUACUGGCUGACGAAGAGGACGAAGGAUGAAGGACUUGGAUCACAUGCAGAUGUGCUUUCUGUGUACCCUCCUGGCUGCAUAGCCAGCAUGUCUAUGAGGCUGCCAUUGCAGCUGCUAGGUUUCUUCCUGUGCUGUAGCCAAAUGUGGCAUUAAUUAGCAGCUUUGCACUGAUUAAUUAAUUAAUAAAUGUUAAGAAGCCUG